GGGUUACGUCCACGUUCCGGGUUACGUUGGACAGCAUGGCUGAAGAAAAUAGCUCGCUGAAUAUUUGGCCAGAAAUUGAAAAGGCAGAAAAGGAGAACAGGCGUGAGCUGGUGCUUCAGGGUUCAGCGGUUGACAAAAAGAUCCAAAGCAGCGGCGGACUUCACGCGCGUCUUUAUUCCCUCUCGCUCCUAAACUACCUGGAGAUCAGUCAAUGUCCCAGUUUACAUGAGAUCCACGAGAACAUCAGACACCUGUCUCAUCUACAGAGUCUGAUCCUCUGCAGGAACAAGCUCACUGCAGUCCCGAAAAGCAUUGGUGAUCUGAAGGCGAUCAAAGUCCUGGAUUUGUCUGUCAACCAGCUGCAGGCUUUGCCCGAGGAGAUCUGUGCGCUGAGCGAGCUCGACACUUUAAAUGUCAGCUGCAACAGCAUCGCCGCUCUGCCGGAUGGCCUGAGCAAGUGUGUGAAGCUCGCCAGCAUCAAUGUGUCCAAAAAUGCACUGUCGCGGCUCCCAGAUGAUCUAUGGUGCUCCAACCUGGAGCUCCUCAGCAGCAUCAUUGCAUCAGAAAACGCGAUAGAGGAGCUGAGCAGUGAGGUCCACAACCUGCCUGCGCUGAAGGUUUUGGAUCUCUCCAGCAACAAGCUUCAGGAGCUUCCAUCUGAGUUGGGUGACUGCCCCAAGCUGAAGGAGACCAAUUUUAAAGGGAACAAGCUGAAGGACAAGAGGCUUGAGAAGAUGGUGAAUGGCUGCCAGACUAAAUCAGUCCUAGACUACCUGAGGGCAGGUGGGAGGGGGAAAGGGAAAGGCAAGCAGCAGGAUGGAGAGGUGAGCGAGAGGCUUGAUUGUGGCCGUAACAUCUCAAAGAAGAAAAGCGGUGCAAAGCAGAAAGGCAAAAAAGAGGAAGAGGAAGUGGAUGAGCUUAAUCGGAUGGUUGUGAGAGUUCUGCAUGUAUCCAAAGUGCCCACGGCUGUUACAGUGAAAGUUUCUGCAGGCGUCAAGGAUGUUCGGCCAUAUAUUGUGUGCUGCAUUGUAAAAGGCAUGAACCUCAGACGAGGAAAUGCACUCAAGCGAUUUUUAGUUGCUCAGACCAAACUUCACGAUGAGAUUUGUGCCAAAAGGACAACAGCAACAAUCGCAACUCAUGACCUGGGCUUGCUGAAGGCUCCUCUGUUGUAUGACACCAGGCCACGAGAUACACUGAAGAUAGUUCCUCUGGGUCGUAAGGAGAUGAGGGCAGUUGAACUGCUAGAGCUACUUCAACAGGAAGCAGAGGAACUGAGAAAACAUAAAAAGCGACAAAACGUUUCAGGACUGCACAAAUACCUUCAGCUCCUUGAUGGGAAAGAUCUGUACCCCUGCUUGGUUGACGCAGAGGAUCAUGUGGUCUCAUUCCCACCAAUCACAAACAGCGAGAGGACAAAGAUAAAGAGGUCCACACAAGAGCUGUUUUUAGAGGUGACGAGCUCCACCAGUCUGCAGAUCUGUAAAGAUGUCAUGGACGCACUGAUAAUAAAAAUGGCAGAGCUUAAUAAAUUAACCUUUGAUGUAAAGGAGGAUGUGGGCUCGGAUGAAGAGACAGAUGUGAUUUCAGAUCGUCCCGCAGAGGACCUGGCCUCCCCUGAGCUGACCGUAGUACAAGUAAAAGUCGUGGACGUAGAUGGAAACCUUAAAGUGGUCUACCCAUCAAAAACUGACCUGAUGUCUGACGUCAGCAAUCUAACAGUCAUCCGAUAGCAAAAUUCAGCUGUUGGUUUUCUUUCUAAUUUUGUAAUGCAUCAUCAAAUUAAAGUGGACAUUAAAACAUUAAUUCAAA